AGUUACUACGCAGAUCAUCAUUCCUUGAUAAACUGCUCACAGCGACCGUCUUUUGUCUCAUAAUGGUACGACUCUUGUCGAAUCGCCAAGGCGGCUCACUGCCUCACUUUGACUCGCACAGUUGCACAGUUCCAAAAUGACUGAGAAGGAGCUGCCCGUGAUCGACCUCCGUCUGGCCCAUGGCAACACCAGGCCAGCGUUGGUGAAGAAGCUUCGAGAAGCUAUGACGACCGUCGGCUUCAUAUACCUCACAGGGCUUAGUGAUUUUGAUGAUGCAGAGCUUCUUAGGCUCUCCAGGUGGUUCUUUGCAAUUCCACUGGAGGAGAGGAUGAAGAUCUCCAAGAAGACCUUCAGUCCAACUUGUGACUACGAGUACAGAGGAUUCUUCCCCGUGAUUCCUGGAGCAGUUUCCCAUAAGGAAGCGCUUGAAAUGGGUCCAUAUUUGGAACAAAGACCAAACCCGCCAAGUGAAAACCUGGGUGUCAGAAUGUUUUUUGAAGACAAUCAGUGGCCAAAUCCUGCAGGAGAUCAGAACACAGCCAAAUACUUCAGGAAAUGGAUGGAGAAUUAUCACAAAAAGAUGACCGACGCCUCCCUUGAGCUUCUCCGACUCAUUGCUGAAGGCUUCGAUGCGCCCACUGAGUUCUUUACGCCCCUUUUUGAAUAUGACCACCUCUCUACUCUGAGGCUUAUUCAUUACCCAGCUCGUCCAAACCCUCCUGAGAGCGCCAGGGAUGGUGAUUAUGUUAUCCAAACUGCAGAGCACAACGACACCGGCGUGAUCACCCUCCUGGCUACAUUCGAGGAGUACCCGGGCCUCCAAGUGCGUUGGUGGGAGGACGACUCCUUACUCGAUGUUCCUUAUCGCAAGGGACAUCUUGUGGUUAACAUUGGCAAUGUGUUGUCUUCCAUUAGUGGAGGGAGACUCAAAGCUACUAGACACAGGGUCGUCGAUCUCUGCGGGGACAGAUUAUCGGUUCCUUUCUUCCUGGAGCCUCGAUUUGGGGGUAACAUCAACGUAGCCUUGCCUGGAGGAACUCCGAAGCUCGGCUACGAUCCCGAGGAGGUUGUCGAGUACGGGCCUUGGCUCUUCAAAAACAUGACGAGAUUUGCUGAAUAUAAAGAUCUCGUGGAAAGAGUGGCUAAGGAAGGAACCGCCAUAAACUAAGCUGUAGCUUCCGCUAAAAGGUUGUUAUUCCUGUUACAUUAAAUAUUUGGUAUUAGCUAUCUUCUUCUUCGUCAUGUUUGUUUUACAUUCAGGGCAAUUUUCUCCACUAAAUAUCAUUAUAUCAAAAAGGUUUGUUUCAAGAGUUUUAAACAUUCUGUCGAUCUACUUUUUUUUUUUUAUUUCUUAACAUGAAUAAACGUGAGAUGCACAAUUUGUAGCGUCUUCCGUUAAUUACCAUAUUCUCGGUCUAAUAAAAACUUUGAUUAUUGUUAA